AAACUAUCCAAACCAAUUGAGCGAGUUAGUGUAUUAAACCUUAUCCUCCCUCCACCAGAAACCACCACCAUCAACCUCUGCUUUAAACCCAUUCUAAACCCUUUCUUCUUCUUCUUCUUCUUCUUCUUCUCAAUUUCAGCACCCAAUAAUGCAAAUCUCUUUAAGCAAUUCACCUUUUAAAACCCCUCAACUCUUCCCAUUCCACCACCCCAUUUCAAAACCCCUCGCAAACCAGGUUCCCAUUCAAAUUCAAAGCACACAUGCCACCGUUACCAGCGCCAUAAAGGGUCCCACUUCCGGUUACUUAUCCGAAAUCAGCAAGGCCAUUGAUCACGAAGAGCAAUACCGGUUAGCCCGGUCGCAGGUGAACCGGAAAGGUUUGGAAUUGGAGGGUUAUUCAAUCGAGGGUAUCUCAAUUGGGGGCCAAGAGACAUGCGUUAUUGUUCCUGAAUUCAAAUGUGCAUUUGAUAUUGGGAGGUGCCCAGUUAGGGCUAUUCAUCAGAACUUUGUUUUCAUCACUCAUGCUCACCUCGAUCACAUUGGAGGGUUGCCAAUGUAUAUAGCCAGCCGUGGAUUAUAUAAUUUGAAGCCUGCUACUGUCUUUGUGCCUCCUUGCAUCAAAGAGGAUGUUGAAAAGCUGCUUGAUAUUCACAGGACCUUGGGCCAAGUUGAAUUGAAUGUUGAAUUGGUUGCUUUGGAUGUGGGGGAGACGUUUGAGAUCCGCAAUAACCUUGUUGUCCGGCCGUUCAAGACAAAUCAUGUUAUACCCAGCCAGGGUUAUGUAGUCUACUCUAUUAGGAAAAAGCUGAAGAAACAGUACAUUCACCUGAAAGGGAAACAAAUUGAGAAAUUAAAGAAGUCUGGUGUUGAGAUUACAGACACCAUAUUAGCUCCUGAAGUAGCCUUUACCGGUGAUACAACACCCGAUUUUAUGCUUGACCCGCAUAAUGCUGAUGCAUUGAGAGCAAAAGUUCUUAUAACUGAGGCAACUUUCCUCGAUGAGUCCUACAGCAUAGAUCAUGCUCGACAACAUGGCCAUACACAUUUAUUCGAUAUCAUGGAAAAUUCUCAGUGGAUUCGAAACAAAGCCGUUGUAUUGACUCAUUUUUCAUCAAGAUAUAGUAUAGAGGAUAUUCGUCAGGCUGCAUCAAAAUUGCAGUCUAAGGUAUCAGCAAAAGUGGUUCCUCUGACUGAAGGUUUCAAAUCAGCAUAUCAAUGAGUACCGUGAAAAUGAAGAAAACAAAGAUAGUUUCAUUGUCUGUGUUGUAUGUUUCAUAGUUUCUUGUAAAGUAGAGUUUUUUUUUUUUAAUUAUUUUUUAAAUACAGCAGCACUGAUUAGUUGUUAGUUGUUACCCUAUAAAUGUGUUGUAGGAACCAACAACCAAGUAAUGAUUCUAUAUAUGC